UCCCUCCCUGGAGCGCGCUCCCCGGAGGAGAGCAAGGACCGCGUAGGAGGCUUCAGCCGAGGGUGAAUCCGAAGAGGAAGGAGCGCCGCCAGCGCGCAGGCCCAGAACCUCCCGAGCCGGGGCUGCCGGCGACGCCCCAGAGCGGAAGAGGGAAGUGAAGGCUGCAGGCUGCGGGUUCCUGUAGGACUGGGCUUGCGAAGGCAGAGGCAGCAGCAAGAGGAGGCCUUUGCCACCGCUCCGGAUCGGGGAUGUCGAAGAACACGGUGUCGUCGGCCCGCUUCCGGAAGGUGGACGUGGAUGAGUACGACGAGAACAAGUUCGUGGACGAGGAAGACGGGGGCGACGGGCAGGCCGGGCCCGACGAGGGCGAGGUGGACUCCUGCCUGCGGCAAGGAAACAUGACAGCUGCCCUGCAGGCUGCUCUGAAGAACCCCCCUAUCAACACCAAGAGUCAGGCAGUGAAGGAUCGGGCAGGCAGCAUUGUCUUGAAGGUGCUCAUCUCUUUUAAAGCUAACGACAUUGAAAAGGCUGUUCAAUCCCUGGACAAGAGUGGCGUGGAUCUCCUAAUGAAAUAUAUUUAUAAAGGCUUUGAGAGCCCCUCUGACAAUAGCAGUGCUGUGUUAUUGCAAUGGCACGAAAAGGUAAGUUAUGAAUUAUAAAUCUGUAUGACUGGU